AUGUUACGAGCACGUUGCGUUAUUCCUCACAGAAUCCUACUGAGACCGUACGCAACAUCACCAGGACCUCACGCGCUCGUGUUUUUGGAACAUCGUGAGGGGGCCCUUGAUUCUGGUUCUCUGUCCGCUAUCACUGCCGCGAGGCGAUUGGGAGGAGAGGUGACAGGGAUUGUCAUCGGUGGUCCGGAUCAGGUCCCGGACGUCGUCGAGAAGGCGAAGAAGUUGAAGGGGUUGACCAAGCUGCUUCACUCCACUUCUCCCGCGUACUCUUCGCAAGUCCCGGAGAUCGUGUCUCCUCUAUUCGAGCGACUUCUGUCGGACGGCACGCCGUUCACGCAUGUUGUCUCCGCACACUCUUCGUCUGCAAAAUCCCUGCUACCCCGCGUUGCUGCUAAACUCGAUGUGCCGGCAAUAUCAGACAUCACUUCGCUCGAGCAUGACGGUUCCUCCAAUGCGACUACCUUCACGCGGCCCAUCUACGCUGGUAACGCAAUAGCCACCGUUCGUGCACCGUCAUCUAUCGGUGUGAAAAUUUUCACCGUCAGAUCGACUGCCUUUUCCGCUGCGCCAUCAGAGGAUGGUUCCCAGGUGCAAGUGGAGGCAUUGGAUCCCGUUGAGCUUGCGGAUGCUCCUACACAGCACAUCAGGACCGAUCUCACCAAGUCAGAUCGUCCUGACCUCGCCGUCGCCGGCCGUAUUGUAUCCGGUGGUCGUGCCCUAAAAAAUGCAGAAACAUUUAAGGCGACCCUGGAGCCCCUGGCAGACGUCCUGGGUGCCGCUAUCGGCGCCUCACGCGCUGCCGUUGACGCUGGUUACGCUGACAAUUCCCUGCAAGUGGGUCAAACCGGCAAAGUCGUCGCGCCCGAGCUGUAUAUUGCCCUUGGCAUUUCCGGUGCCAUCCAGCACCUUGCUGGAAUGAAGGAUUCCAAGCUCAUUGUCGCCAUCAACAAAGACCCGGAUGCGCCCAUUUUCCAGGUCGCGGACGCUGGGCUUGUCGCGGACCUGUAUGAAGCUGUUCCGGAGCUGGUUGAGAAGCUUAAACAGCAGUAG